GCGAGAUUGCGCAGACGAGAAGAGAACCGUUUUCCUUCGCAACUUUCCCAAUGGAUCUGAGCCAGCCAGCAGAAGAAAACUAUGCCAAUCCGAGGACAUGCUUCUUUCAUGUGCUCUUCAAGGCUUCAGCUUUGGCUUUUUACAUACUAUCAGCACUCUUUUUUGAUAGCUUUGUCAUCAUCUUUGUGAUCACUGUUGUUCUGGCCGCACUUGAUUUUUGGGUAGUCAAGAAUGUUAGUGGCCGGAUCUUAGUAGGGCUUAGGUGGUGGAAUGAAAUAGAUGAUCAGGGUGAGAGUGUCUGGAAAUUUGAAUGCCUUGACCACGAGUCAUUAGCUCGUUUGAACAAGAAGGAUUCCUGGCUAUUUUGGUGGACAUUAUACAUUUAUGCAGUUGCUUGGAUUUUCCUAGGAAUAAUCUCUCUGAUUAAGUUUGAACCUGAUUAUAUCCUUGUUGUGGGAGUUUGUUUGAGCCUCAGCAUUGCUAACAUUAUUGGAUUCACCAAAUGCGGUAAAGAUGCCAAGAAACAGAUUCAAGCAUUUGCCUCGCAGACUCUGGCUUCUCAUUUCUCAUCUAGAAUACAAUCAGCACUUAGCGUGGUAUAGGUUCUCUCAGACUCUCAGCCCAAAAUCCAAAUCUUUUGGCUCUGACAGCUUAACCAAGAUGCUAAGCCGCAACUGGUAUGACUACAGAAAUAUACGAUUCCAUUUUUCUUUUUCGUUGUCAACUCAAAGACUAUAAAGCUAAAUAUUAGUUUCACGUGUCUGGAUUCUUGAUAUGCCCUGUUAUAAACGAGCUGAAGAGAU